UGCCCCCGUGCUCUGCUCCGCUCCGCUCCCGGAUUCUCUGAUGGCGGUGGCGGGCAGCGUCCGGCGUUGCUAUUACUGGAGACGCUCCUCCGGCGACGAGGCCGCCGGUUUUGACUUGGCGUGAUCGCUCGGUUGAGCCUAGCGCGGACGCUCGUUUGUGCCGGUCUGUUUGGCCUGAUCGAUGACUCAUCGCUGAUGCGAACUCGUUCCCCUGGCUGCUUUGAAUCCCGCGAUUAGGUAGUAUUAAAACUCUGAAAAAUUAAAAUGCAACCAAAUGGGAAGGAUGACCUCAAGGCGCCUCUGUUGCGACCUGCUGAUGGUGUGACCGCCUCUUUGAGCACAACAGAUCAUAGAAAAGAUGACAGAGUACGGAGUGUUUCGUUCAAAGUAAGUGAUAUCAAGUGCGCAUCCUGCGCAGUUUCUAUAGAAUCAGCUGUUGGAAAGCUUAAUGGGGUUGAGAGUGUUUCGGUGUCGCCACUUCAAGGCCAUGCUGCAGUGACAUAUAUUCCCGAGCUAAUUAAUGCAAGAAAGAUUAAGGAGUGCAUCGAGGAAGCAGGUUUUGCAGUUUCAGAAUUUCCAGAACAAGAUAUUGUGGUAUGUCGUCUUAGAAUCAAAGGAAUGGCAUGCACUAGCUGCUCCGAGUCUGUUGAAAGGGCCCUUUCAAUGGUUGAUGGAGUGAAAAAAGCUGUGGUUGGUCUAGCUCUAGAAGAAGCAAAGGUCCACUAUGAUGGAAACAUUACCGACACCAACCGCAUCAUUGAAGCUAUAGAAGAUGCUGGUUUUGGGGCUGAUCUUAUCACAACGGGUAAUGAUCUGAACAAAGUGCAUCUGAAACUCGAAGGAGUGAAUUGCCCGGAAGAUGCAGCUGUUAUUCAGACCACCCUUGAGUUGGCUGAAGGUGUGAAUGAAGUUGAGAUGGAUUUGGCAGGAGAAAAGGUUGUUAUCGCCUAUGACCCAGACCUUACCGGUCCAAGGUCCUUAAUACACUGCAUAAAGGAAGCUAGCCAUGGGUCUAAAUCAUACAAUGCAAGCCUCUAUAUUGCUCCAAGACGUAGAGAAUCUGAGCAACAAGAGGAAGUACGGAUGUAUAGAAACCAAUUCUUGUUGAGCUGCCUCUUUUCAGUUCCAGUUUUCAUAUUCUCUAUGGUACUUCCAAUGCUUCAUCCUUAUGGGAACUGGUUAGAGUAUAAGAUAUACAACAUGCUCAGCAUUGGGAUGCUCCUGAGAUGGAUGCUUUGCACUCCGGUGCAGUUUGUCAUUGGUCGAAGGUUUUACGUGGGGGCGUACCACGCAUUGAGACGAAAAUCAACUAAUAUGGAUGUUCUGGUUGCACUGGGCACCAAUGCUGCGUACUUUUAUUCUGUAUAUGUCAUGAUAAAGGCAUUGAUUUCCGAUAAAUUCGAAGGGCAAGACUUUUUUGAAACAAGUUCCAUGUUGAUAUCCUUUAUCCUCUUGGGGAAAUAUUUGGAGAUUGUGGCUAAAGGAAAAACCUCAGAUGCUUUAGCCAAGUUGACUGAUCUGGCACCUGAUACAGCUUGUUUGGUUAAGUUGGAUAAUGAUGGGAAUGUAAUUUCAGAGGAGGAAAUUAGCACUCAACUUAUUCAAAGGAAUGACGUAUUCAAGAUUAUUCCUGGCUCAAAGGUUCCUGUUGAUGGGAUUGUCAUCACUGGCCAAAGCCAUGUCAAUGAAAGUAUGAUCACAGGGGAGGCUACGCCAGUUGGUAAAAGACCUGGUGAUAAGGUCAUUGGUGGAACCAUGAAUGAGAAUGGAUGCUUACUAGUGAAGGCCACUCAUGUUGGGUCGGAGACAGCACUUUCUCAAAUAGUUCAGCUGGUUGAAGCUGCUCAGCUUGCAAGAGCACCUGUUCAGAAACUAGCAGACCAAAUUUCAAGAUUUUUCGUGCCAACAGUUGUUGUGUUGGCAUUUUUUACAUGGCUGGGAUGGUUUAUCCUUGGACUAAUUGGUCUCUAUCCUAAAUGGUGGAUACCGAAAGCAAUGGAUGGAUUUGAACUUGCUCUGCAGUUUGGUAUUUCCGUACUUGUGGUUGCCUGUCCUUGUGCCCUUGGACUAGCAACUCCCACAGCUGUCAUGGUUGCCACUGGCAAGGGUGCUUCACAAGGUGUGCUUAUCAAAGGUGGAGAUGCACUUGAAAAGGCACACAAGGUGAAAACAGUAGUGUUUGAUAAGACAGGAACAUUGACUAUUGGAAAGCCUGCGGUGGUUAGUGCUGUUCUCUUCUCCUCCUACUCAAUGGAGGAGUUCUGUGACCUGGCUACGGCUGCAGAGGUGAAUAGUGAACACCCAAUAGCAAAAGCUGUCAUGGAACAUGCAAAGAGGCUCCGCAAGAACUUUGGAUCCAGCACUGACCAUAAUGCAGAGGUCAAGGACUUUGAGGUGCACCCAGGAGCUGGGGUGAGUGGAAAAGUGGGAGAAAAAGUUGUUCUAGUCGGCAACAGGAAGCUCAUGCAGGCCUCUAAUGUGGCUAUUGGUCAUGAGGUUCAGGACUACCUUUCAGAAAAUGAGCAAAUGGCUCGUAGUUGUGUGCUUGUUGCCAUUGACGGAAAGAUUGCUGGGGCUUUUGCGGUAACUGAUCCAGUAAAGCCAGAGGCUGGGCGGGUCAUAUCCUUUCUUCACUCAAUGGGCAUCUCAAGUAUCAUGGUGACCGGUGAUAACUGGGCCACAGCGAAGGCUAUAUCAAAGCAAGUCGGUAUCCAGGAGGUUUUUGCUGAGACAGACCCUGUAGGAAAGGCUGAUAGGAUCAAAGAUUUGCAGAUGAAAGGGAUGACAGUGGCAAUGGUGGGAGAUGGAAUCAACGAUUCACCGGCCUUGGUUGCAGCAGACGUCGGCAUGGCGAUUGGUGCAGGCACCGACGUUGCCAUAGAAGCGGCCGACAUAGUUCUCAUCAAAAGCAACCUGGAGGACGUGAUAACUGCUAUCCAUCUAUCCAGGAAGACUAUGUCGCGCAUCCGACUCAAUUACGUGUGGGCCCUCGGCUACAAUGUUCUCGGCAUGCCAAUCGCCGCCGGCAUCCUGUACCCAUUCACCGGUAUCCGCCUACCGCCUUGGCUUGCCGGUGCCUGCAUGGCCGCUUCCUCCCUCAGCGUGGUCUGUUCCUCUUUACUGCUGCAGUCUUACAAUAAGCCUUUGGACGUCCACGAUGCUCGAGGGCAGAACUAUUGCCCCAAAUCCGCUUGAGAUGCGCCCACGUUGUCUCUUUUCCAUAUUUUCGUCUUUGCUAACGUGAUAAAUCAUGUUCAAGCGGGUAAAAUGCAAGUGCCUCGCUCCUAUAGACUGCUUUUAGAUAUUUGCAUCCCAAUUUCUGCUGUAGAUUGCAAAUGUUGUUUCGCAUACCCUCGACCGGUCGUCGCGUCGAGUGGGUAUUGCGAUCAAAUCCGGUUAAGUAGUUUGACAAAUGGUCGUAAAAUCCGAUAAGCAUAUAGUUGGGGCUUAUUUCUUCUUUC